AGCUCUUGUGUCCUGUUUUCUCUCCCAGUGACAGCAACGGCGGCGGAAGCGAGAGAGAAGGAAGGAAGGAGUAGAACUGGUCAGGUUAGGUUGGGGGUGUGCUGAGGUGGCCGUCAUGGCGUAGCUGAGCCGGGGUCGACACCGGUCAACGACGCCCGGCGGUGGGGCUGCCCCUUUUCUUCAGGUGGAGGCAAACAUACUAGAGUACAGUCAUAACAAUGGAGUCCAUGCUAAACAAAUUGAAGAGCACUGUUACAAAAGUGACUGCAGAUGUCACUAGUGCAGUCAUGGGAAAUCCAGUUACCAGAGAAUUUGAUGUUGGGCGUCAUAUUGCUAGUGGUGGCAAUGGGCUUGCAUGGAAAAUUUUUAAUGGCACUAAAAAGUCAACAAAGCAGGAAGUGGCAGUUUUCGUAUUUGAUAAAAAGCUUAUGGACAAAUAUCAGAAAUUUGAAAAGGAUCAAAUUAUUGAUUCUUUAAAACGAGGAGUUCAACAACUAACAAGGCUUCGACAUCCUCGGCUACUAACUGUGCAACAUCCAUUAGAAGAAUCCCGAGACUGUUUGGCAUUUUGUACAGAACCAGUUUGUGCAAGUUUGGCUAAUGUACUUGGCAACUGGGACAACCUUCCUUCACCUUUACCAUCUGACAUCAAAGAAUAUAAACUCUAUGAUGUGGAAACGAAAUAUGGCUUGUUGCAGGUUUCUGAAGGCUUGUCAUUUCUACAUAGCAGUGUGAAAAUGGUCCAUGGCAACCUUACUCCAGAAAACAUUAUUUUGAAUAAAAGUGGAGCAUGGAAAAUUAUGGGAUUUGACUUCUGUAUUCAGUCUAUAAAUCCAUCUGAGCAAGAGCAAAAGUUCUCUUGUAAAGAAUGGGACCCAAACUUGCCAUCUUUGUGUCUUCCAAAUCCUGAAUAUUUGGCACCAGAAUAUAUACUUUCAGUGAGUUGUGAAACAGCUAGUGACAUGUACUCUCUAGGAGCAAUCAUGUAUGCUGUGUUUAAUAAUGGAAAGCCUAUUUUUGAGGUCAACAAGCAAGAUAUAUAUAAAAGUUUCAGCAGGCAACUGGAUCAGCUUAGCCGUUUGGGCCCCAAUAACCUUCAAAACAUCCCAGAAGAAGUCUGUGAACAUGCAAAAUUACUGUUAAAUGUAGCUCCAGCAGUCAGACCAGAUGCAGACCAAAUGACUAAAAUACCAUUCUUUGAUGAUGUUGGGGCCAUGACACUACAGUACUUCGAUUCUUUAUUCCAAAGGGACAAUCUUCAAAAGUCACAAUUUUUUAAAGGGCUGCCAAAAGUUUUACCCAAACUACCUAAGCGUGUUAUAGUGCAGAGGAUUUUGCCUUCCUUAACAUCUGAAUUUGUAAACCCAGACAUGGUACCAUUUGUACUGCCUAAUGUUCUGCUCAUUGCGGAGGAAUGUACCAAAGAAGAGUACAUAAAGCUAAUUCUACCUGAUCUCAGCCCUGUCUUUAAACAGCAGGAACCAAUCCAGAUUUUGUUGAUAUUUCUUCAAAAAAUGGACUUGCUGCUAACGAAAACACCUCCAGAUGAAAUAAAGAACAGUGUUCUACCAAUGGUUUACAGAGCCUUAGAAGCACCUUCAAUUCAGAUACAGGAACUCUGCUUAAACAUAAUUCCUACGUUUGCCAAUCUUAUAGACUAUCCAUCUAUGAAAAAUUCAUUGAUACCAAGAAUUAAAAAUGCAUGUUUACAGACAUCAUCUCUUGCUGUGCGUGUAAAUUCCUUAGUCUGUUUGGGAAAGAUUUUGGAAUACUUGGAUAAGUGGUUCGUUCUUGAUGAUAUUCUGCCUUUUUUGCAACAAAUUCCUUCCAAGGAGCCUGCAGUCCUUAUGGGAAUUCUAGGUAUUUACAAAUGUACAUUUAGUCAUAAGAAGCUGGGAAUUACAAAAGAGCAACUUGCAGGAAAGGUGCUGCCCCAUCUGAUUCCUCUCAGCAUUGAGAACAAUCUUAACCUAAAUCAGUUUAAUUCCUUCAUUUCAGUCAUAAAAGAGAUGUUAAGUAGAUUGGAAGCUGAGCACAAGACCAAACUUGAACAAAUCCAUAUUAUGCAAGAACAGCAAAAGUCUUUGGAUAUAACUAAUCAAAUGAGCAUACCUGAAGAAACGAAAGCCAACAGUAGAAGCAACCAAAUUGACAAGGUGUUUACUAAUCUAGGAACAGAUAUCUUAGCAAGUGGAUCCAACUGUAAAGAGAAUGGACUACUGUCAAAUCAGAGAAAGGCAUCACUUACACUAGAAGAGAAGCAAAAGUUAGCAAAAGAACAUGAACAGGCACAAAAGCUGAAAAACCAACAGCCACUUAAACCUCAGCUUCACACAAUCACUGCUCCAGUCAAACAGGCAAAGGACUUGAGCGACACUUUGAGAGAUAAUAUGGCAUCAUUGACCAGCCAAUCCACCAACAAACCUAAAGUUCCUUCUUCAAAUAGCUUUUCUUCAGUCGGUAUUGGAAUGGGGUUUUCAUCACCUGUUGAAAGCACUAAGAGAAACGGACUAAAUGCUAAUACUGGAUUUCAGCCUUCUGGAUUUGGCAUGGGGGUUGGUACCACAAGCCAGAAUUUCUUCAGUAGCUCUAGUGUCACUGGAAUGGCCAACAUGAAUAUGUUGCCAACAGCAAGUAUGCCAUCUUAUAGUCCUAUGAGCACUACAGCUGCAGUUUCACAGCCAGCACAGCAAAGUAGGCCACAAGAUCUGUCUGCUUUAGAUAGUCUAUUUGGGCCUCAAAAACCCAAAGUUAGUAUGAAUCAAUUGUCGCAGCAAAAAACAAACCAGUGGCUUAAUCAGUUUGUACCUCCUCAGGGUACCAACAGUUCUGCUUCAGGAACACAGAUGAAUGUAAUGGGACAGCCUGGCUUUGGCUUGCAGGGAAAUCCUUUCUUUAAUCCUCAAAACUUUACGCAACCAACAAACAACAUGACAAGCAGCAGCUCAGCUAGCAAUGACUUAAAAGAUCUCUUUGGGUAAUCAUUUUAAUUGUGAUCAAACUGAUUUAAUCUCUCUCUCUGUCUGGUAAAAAGCUGAGGAAAUGCCAUCUAGCAAAAUGAGCAAGAGAAAAGCUGUUUCCAGGAUGACUUAGUAAUACACUUUAUUUGCCUAUGUGUUUAAUUUUCUUAGGCAUUGAGUAGUCCCUGUCCCCUAAUUUUACAGUUUUGCGGUCAGGUUGUAUCAAUUUGGAUACUCAAGAGUUAUGAAAAACUAGAAACUGCAUACUUUGCAACUUCAGGAAUGUGUCUUCUGACUACAGUGUACUUCUACCAAUAAACAUCUUGCAAAUAAACAUAAGCAGAUAGGUUGUAAUUGCUGAUAAGCUGUUGGAUCCAACAAAUACACAAGUCUUCAAGCUUGUGCUAAACCCUUGUCUCUUCUUGAUUUUGUAUUGUCUAAAUUGGUAUGAUAUUGAGUUAUAAAUACCUUGUGGUAUAGGAUGACUUAGAGUUGGAUGCAUGUAUUAGUAUGGAACUUCCUGUAAAGAUAUGAAUUUAAAUAUAUUAAAGGACAAGGACAAGACGGUUUACUUUGUAAGCAGCAGUCUCUAUCAAUAGACAACAAAGUAUGUUGAAAGGGAAUGGUAUUCUUGCAAUAGAGGUGAGCUCUGCCUUACUGAAAAAAUACUGCUAAGAUGGCCGUACUACAUAACUUGCCUGUAAAUAAUGUCAAAAUGUCUGUCCCUACAACAGAAGCUACAUUGCUGGCAAGGUGAUCUUGAAGUCCUGUCUAAAAAUAAAGUAACUUAAAUCAUGCUUACAUUUAUACUUGACAUCUAGUCACUAAAAUAAUGCAAGUGCAAAUUAAUGAACAGAAAUCUUUUUCAGUUAAUCCUAGAAGCAUAGUUGAUACCCCUAGAAUUUAGAAGUUAUGCUUAUCACACUAAAGUUUUGGAUUGCUAGUAUGGAAAGAGUUGGAACUAUGUCUUAAAGCUUCUGGCUACUUCUAAGACAAAAGCAGGAGUUUACCAUCCCUCUGAUAUAUACUUAGUAUGGAUUCAGAUUUGAUUGCAGUCGAUAGAUGCCAAUGGAUACAUUAUAAAGUAAGGAGAUAGAGCAAUCCGCUAAGACAGGUUGUUUAAUUUAGGCCAAAACAGAGUCAUCUGAAAAACUACUAUAACUUUUCUAAAAUCAGGUUUGGAAUGAACAAUUAUUUUGCGUCUCCGUUGAAGUAGUGUUUUAAAUCUAAAAGUUUUCCCUAAGCAAGAAGCAACAAUGUAUCCUGUUGGGUAUAAAAGGAAUGUUCAACUUCCUCUAUCACGAUCCUGUCAGCUAUUUCUACUGAGUGUUAACUAUUUCUUUCCUAUGAAUUUUGAGACCUUUCUUAUAUAAUACUUUGGACAAUAGCUAGCUAUUUUGAGAAGGAAAGAGUUACCUUUUUUUAUAGAAUGCCUACACACUUUAUUUUUCAAAGCCUUUCACUGAUGAAAUUGUUUCCAUUUGCUGCUUAAGAAACCAAAGGGCCUUAUGCUGUAAAUGUGAGUUGUAUUUUGUUAAAUUAUAUUUCCAAUUUUAAGCAGUAAUACUGUUAAAUGUAUCUUAAGAACUUUGUAUUAUAGCUGCUGCCUUAGUACUUUUUAUUUUGUAUCUCUGGGACCAGUGAUGAAAUUGUGUAUGUUUUUUUUUUAAAAAAACAAACACUUCUGUUAUUUAUGUACUGUUGAUACUCUCACUGAGCUAUGUUUAAUUAGCUACAUAGUGUUGUAAAAUUAUGACUAUUAAAUGUGUUAGGUGUACAUGUAGCUUCUCGUAUGGUCUCCAGGUUUCUUAAAACUCUCAUUUCACAUGAAUGGCUUAGAACAAUUUCCCCAACGUUAAGUUUU